AUGCGCUCUUGGAUGACCCUCACCUACUCGCGUGUUCUGUAUGACUGGUACCGAUCAUACACCCAAGAGAAUGAAUCUCACCAAUCUCCCGGGGAUCCCAUCAUCGUCAGCAUGAAGGAUUUCAUUGAUGACCCCAGUCUCGUACCUAAGCUGGCGAAGAUGCUGGGCUUGGAUCCGUCCAAAGUCCUGUCCGAAUGGGAUACAAGGUCGCAGCCGGAGAACGACCGUAUUUUACGAAAGAUAUAUUGCCGCUCAAUCAAUUGUUCAACUGGGGUGCUGAAGGAAAAGGCACCCGACACGGUCGAUCUGGAGGUUGAAACAGCGAAGUGGGUGGAGGAGUUUGGGGGUAACGCCGCCACUAUCCUUGCCGAUUGUGUGAAACGGGCCAUGCCGGACUAUGAGUAUUUGAUGGCCCGGAGGUUACGAUGA